GUCAACAAAUGGCUUGCUGAACAGAACGCAGCACUGGCGGAACAACCAAUGAAUGCGGAUUAUUUGUCGCCAAGGAGGAGAAGGCCUAGGGUAGAUCCCACUCUUUUGGACUGGAAAAAGCUGACGGGAGAAGAAAAUGUAGCCGUGAUUCAUAGGGCGACUGGAAAGAAACUCACAGGGCCAAAAGCUCCGACCCUGAAAAGGUUGGGCCAGUGGCUGAUGGAGAACCCCAUGUACGAUAUUGAUCCUAAGUGGUCUGAGCUUGUUAAGGAGCGCGGAAAUUUGAGUCAUGAUCUGCAGAAAACGAGGCUUCCAGGUCAAUCAAGCAGUAGCGGAAGCAGUAAAAGCAAAAGUGGUGGGUCUUCAGGUCGGCCACCACUACUGUCGAGUCCCACUGGUUCUACAUCCAGUGUCAGUUCGGCCAACCUAACAACAUCCAUGCCUUCGAGUAUGUCUUUCCCUUCGCUGAAUAGCUCGAGUUUGGCAGGUUUGAAUUCGAAUCUCCUCACGGGUUUGUCUGGUCUUGGACAAUUUGACCCCAAAACAAAUCCGUUACUCAUGCCUUUUGCGGGUUUACCCAAUAUGGGUGCUCUAGGUUCAAUGGGUGGUUUAGGUAAUCUCAGUAAUAUGAAUCUGUUUGCCAAUUUAGCUGGCCUCGGUAUACCAGGUUUAGGAGGAAUGGAUCCAUCUGCUUUGGCGGGUACACCUUCUGAUGUGACUAAGAGUAUGUCGAAACCCAGUACAAGUACUAGCAAACCAAGUAAACCUCAAGAAGCCCAUAGCGCUAGUAAAAGCCAAAGUAGUUCUAAUAUACCGACGACUAACCCGUUUCCAUUUUUCUUUCCGAAUCCGAGUUUAUUGUACACCCCAUUGGGUUUAGGAGGUUUGAAUCCAUUUACUUUGCAGCCUGGAAUGUCAGCAGCUUAUGAUUCACUGGCACAGCAGUGCGGAUUAUUGAAUGGAGGAAUGAAUCCUUCACCAUCACCAAAUAGCAGUUCGAAAAUAGGAAAGUCGACAUCCAGGUCACCAUCUGCGGCAAGUAUGUCAUCUUCAAGCCAAAGUAAGCCUCCAAGAUCAUCUAGUCGCGAUACGCAUCUACAACAGCUGCUCCUUCCUCCUGACACUCAGAUUUUGGAGAGUAUUUCGAAAGCUGCCAGUAGCUUGGAUAUUUCGUUGAAACAAAGCAAGAGUGAUAAGAAGGAGGACAAGCGUAAGGCUUUAGAAAAUUUGAGGGGCAUGCUUCCCACAGAUUUUUCAGGUUCGAUGAAGGAAAAAAAGACUGGUUUACCAGGCCUAGCGGAUUUCACGAAAUUGCUCGAGGCCCAAGUCAUUCAGACUGCUGGUAAAAAGUCUCAAGAGCAACAGAUGAAGGAUGCCAUUGAGCAGUUGACCCGAACCAAUGCAGAUCUCAUGGCCAAAGCUAUGGUAGAGGAACAGAACAAAUUUAUGUCUGCUCAUAAGAGACCUAGAGAGUCAACGGAGGGCUCCGAUAAAAUGAUGCAUUCAGAAGAUGAAUUUCUACAACAACCUGCCAAGACAAUGAGGGAGUCUAUCGAUAAAUCUCGAACACCAACACCUGUAUCUUUGACACCAAUACCCAUGGUAACUACUCCAACUCCUACUCCUAAUCCAGCGGCACCUCCUGUGAUAAACGAGCAGGAGGGGGUGGAUAUUGAAACGUUACUUCCGCCAUCUACUGUUUUAAGGUCCACAGGUAUUACCCCUGAGAAAGCGGACGCAAAAGAGAAAUCUCCUGAACCAGAGAUGGAAAUGUCCUUGGAAACUGAGAAUGAAGCAACUGAAGACAAGGCUGUCGAGGAACAGUCGGCCUCCAUAGAGGAACCUGGCAAAAGCGAGACUCCAGAAGAAACUGAAACACCUCCAAAGAAAAAUACCAAACGGGCAAGAGGCAAACGUAAAUCUGGAGAAGUACCAAUAGAUCACGAAUCCGUAAUUGCCAAGAAAAACUUACGUUCAAGUGCUAGUCGGUCUGCCGCAGCGGCUGCUGCCAGACAAAAGUUGGAAGCGGAAAAUGCUCAACGGGAAAGUGAGAACAGCGCUUCGUAACUCGAUCUGUACGAAUAAUGCUGGCAAACAAAAUGAAGUUGCAGGUUCUGCACUUAUUGUGCUGCUUCGAUUGUUGGACAGGGAUGAUUCUGUGGGUAUUUGGUGAACUGUGAUACAACUCUUAUAAAACAUUAAAAGUGAUGUGGUGUAUAUUGUGAGGGAACUUGACUUUAAUAUACGCUUGAAACACAUG